AUGGCUCUCGAUCACUCAACAUCAAUCAUCAUCGUCGGCGCAGGCACGUGGGGUUGCUCAACCGCCCUUCACCUGGCGCGAAGAGGCUACAAGAAUGUCAAAGUCCUUGAUCCGUAUCCAGUCCCGUCGCCAAUCUCUGCAGGAAACGAUGUCAACAAAAUUGCGAGUGAACUCUCCAUUAUCACCGCCCGCUCCAGCUCGUUCGCCGACGACUCAGAUGACGAGGUCCAUGUUGCGCGGAAGCUCCUUGAAGCCUCUAUGGAGGGCUGGCUCUAUGAUCCUGUCUUCAAGUCUCACUAUCACGAGACUGGCUUCAUCGCCGCGGCCAGCAGUCCCGCCAAUAUUACUAAAUUACAGCAACAAGCUCAGGAGGACAAAAAGUCAGACUUCAAGUACCUGAGUACGCCAGAAGACUUCAGAAAGACCAUGCCAGAGGGGGUCUUGACUGGAGACUUUCCGGGCUGGUGGGGCUGGCAAAAAAAGACAGGUGCAGGCUGGGUGCAUGCCCGGAACGCACUCAUCUCGGCCGCAGCAGAGGCGAAGAGGCUCGGUGUAACAUUCAUCACCGGUUCUCCGCAAGCCCACGUGACUAGCUUCGUAUACGAGCAAGGCGAUAUCAAGGGCGCAAAGACAGCAGACGGCAAGGAUCACCGCGCAGAUCGCACAAUUCUAUGCGCCGGCGCAAGUGCUAUCGAACUCCUCGACUUCAAGGACCAACUCCGACCCACCGCAUGGACACUCGCGCACAUCAAGAUGACGCCAGAGGAGGCCGCACUGUACAAAUAUCUACCCGUUCUAUUCAACGUCGAGCGUGGCUUCUUCAUGGAACCGGAUUCAGAUAACCACGAGCUGAAGAUGUGCGACGAGCAUCCUGGCUAUUGCAACUGGGUGAACAACUCCGCUGAUGGCCAGCGCAAGAGCUUGCCAUUCCCCAAGAGCCAAAUUCCAGUUGAGGCCGAGCAGAGGUGCCGGGGGUUUCUCCGUGAAACCAUGCCGCAGCUCGCAGACCGGCCUUUCUCUUUCGCGAGGAUCUGUUGGUGUGCGGAUACGCCUAACAGGUCCUUCCUCAUCGAUCGGCACCCUGAGUAUCCGUCGCUUGUGCUAGGCGUGGGCGGCUCAGGCCAUGGCUUCUCCUGCAUUCCGGCUAUAGGUAAAUUCAUCGUCGAAGCCAUGGAGGGGACCCUCGAUCCGAAGAUGGCCGAGUCAUACCGGUGGAGGCCUGAGACGGCUGUUAACCGGGACUGGAAUGAUACGCAAGGGCGGUCUGGAGGGACGAACGAGGUGAUGGACUUCCAGAAGGUUACGCAAUGGACUGCUAUCGGCUCUGAAUCUAGGCUGUGA